AGCCGUGCUGCAGUGUUGCUGAUUGAUGAGCUGAGCUCUCCGACUCUACUAAUCAUCUUUACAUUCCAAUAUUUCUGACAGGGUUUUACCCCCACAGUUCCAUCUGAUCCGUUGUGGGUGUAUUUGAGGUGGUUAACUGCGUUCUGCUGUAAAGCUCAAGAUAUGACGUGCCUUGUCUUCUCCUGCAGUCCUCUCUUCUACGGAUCAUAACUCUCUUUUUUACAAAAACAUCAAGGCUAAGAUGAAGUCAGAUGAGGUUAAAGUUGAGCGUCCAGAGUCCACGGAGAGCUCCAGCAGUCAGCAACGCUCAUCUUUCAAACGAAAGCAAAAAGCAGUUAACCUCUGCUCACAUUGUGGCAAGAGUUUUACUCAGAUGAGCACACUCAUAAGGCAUCAGCGCACACACACCGGAGAGAAACCGUAUCAGUGCUCGCACUGCGGGAAAAGUUUCACUUACAAGAGCACGCUCAUUAAACACCAGCGCACGCACACCGGAGAGAAGCCAUACCAAUGUUCACACUGCGGGAAAAGUUUUAGUCAAACGACCACGCUCUUUAAUCACCAGCGCAUUCACACUGGAGAGAAGCCGUACCAGUGCUCAGAGUGCGGGACAGGUUUCAAACAAAAGGGUCAUUUAAAAAAACACCUCCGAGUCCACACUGGAGAAAGGCCGUAUCCGUGUUCAGAGUGCGGGAAGGACUUCACCAGGCUAAGCCAUCUCCAGCAACACCAGCACAUCCACAUGGGAGAGAAGCCGUAUCCAUGUUCAUGUUGUGGAAAGAGUUUUACUGACAAGAGUAAGCUGUUAAAACAUCAGCGUGUUCACACUGGAGAGAAGCCGUAUCCCUGCUUAAAUUGUGGAAGGAGUUUUGCAGAAAGGAGGACUUUACAGCAUCAUCUGCUAAUUCACAGCGGAGACAAACCCUACCAGUGCUCAAAGUGUGGGAAGUGUUUUAGAGAAAAGAAUGCUCUCCGAGUGCACCAACACAUCCACACGGGGCAAAAGCCUUAUUACUGCCAUCAGUGCGGGAAAGGUUUUACCACUCACAGACGUUUCCAGGAACAUGAGCGCGUUCACACGGGAGAGAAGCUGUACGAGUGCCCGCAGUGCGGAAAGAGUUUUAAUAAUCAGAGUAAUCUCAGAGAACACAAGCGCAUUCACACAGGAGAGAAGCCGUAUCAGUGCUCCGAGUGUGGGAAAAGUUUUAGUUUCAGUACAAAAAACAGUCUGAAAGUACACAAGCGUCUUCACACUGGGCAAAAGCCGUUUCAGUGCCCAGACUGCGGGAAGAGUUUUAACCAAAGGGGAAACCUUCAAGAACACCAGCGCGUUCACACCGGUGACAAGCCGUAUCAGUGCUCAGAGUGUGGGCGGAGUUUUAUUUACAGUACCAGUCUGAGAAGGCAUGAGCGAACUCACACAGGAGAGAAACCGUAUCAGUGUUCAGACUGCGGAAAGAGUUUUAACCAUAGGAGUAGUCUCCGACAGCACCAGCACGUUCACACAGGAGUGAAGCCGUAUCAGUGCUCAGAGUGUGGGAAGAGUUUCACUAACAGUAAUGGUCUGAGAAACCACAAGCAGCUUCACACGGGAGAAAAGCCGUAUCAGUGUGAGGAAUGCGGAAAGGCUUUUAAUCAAAAGCGCAAUCUUCAAGUUCACCAAAGCAUUCACACCGGCGAGAAACGUUAUUACUGCCCAGAGUGUGGGCGGAGUUUCAGGCUUCUAAGCAAUCUCCAAAAACACCGCCGCAUCCACACGGGAGAGAGACCGUAUCAGUGCUCAGAGUGCGGGAAGAGUUUCACUCAGAGUAAUGGUCUCAUAAAACACCUGCAAGUUCACACGGGAGAGAAGCCGUAUCAGUGCCUGCAGUGUGGCAAGAGUUUUGCCGACAGCUGGAAACUGGUGAGCCAUCAGCAAAUUCACACAGAAGACAAACCGUAUCAGUGCUCAGACUGUGGGAAGACUUUUUUCCGAAAGGACAGCCUAGAAGUACACCAGCGCAUUCACACUGGAGAGAAACCGUACUGGUGCCCAGAGUGCGGGGAGAGUUUUAGGAUUAUAAGCAGCUUUCAAGUUCACCAACACAUUCACACAGGAGAGAAGCCGUAUCAGUGCUCAGAAUGUGGCAAGAGUUUCACCCGAAGUGGAAAUCUCAAACAACACCAGCGCAUUCACACCCGCGAGAAACUUUUUAGAAAAGGGAUUCACCCCUGCUCAGAGUGCGGGAAGAGUUUCACCAGCCAGAGCAGCGUCCUGCGACAUCGGCGCAUCCACACCGGGGAGAAACCGCAUGGCUGCUCACAGUGCGAGAAGAGCUUCAGUGAGAGAUGUGACCUCUUACGACACCUGAGAACUCACUCGGGAGAGAAGCCGUACGAGUGCCCGCAGUGUGGGAAGAGUUUUGCACAAAGGGGAAAUCUCCAAAAACACCUAACAAUUCACACGGGAGCGAAACCGUAUCCCUGCUCGGAGUGUGGGAAGAGUUUCACACAAGGGACCGACCUUGAGCUACACCGACACGUUCACACCGGGGAGAAGCCCUUCCACUGUUCGGCGUGUGAAAAGAGUUUCAGGAGUUACAUUAAUUUCCACAGACAUCAGCGCAUUCACACUGGGGAGAAGCCGUAUCCGUGCUCCCAGUGUGAGAAGAGUUUUAGAAACCAGAGUAAUCUUAGAGAGCACCACCGCGUUCACACGGGGGAGAAGCCGUAUUACUGCGCAGACUGCGGGAAAGGUUUCGCUAACCAGAGUAAUUUCCAACAACACCAGCGCAUUCACACCGGAGCGAAGCCCUAUCGCUGCUCACGCUGCGGGAAGAGCUUCAGUCGGAAGACUUACCUCAGGCAGCACCAGCGCGUUCACACGGGGGAGAAGCCGUAUCACUGCCCGCAGUGUGGGAAGCGUUUCAGUCAGAGGAGUCACGUCAAACAGCACCAGCGCAUCCACACGGGGGAGAAGCCAUACCGAUGCCCAGAGUGCGGCAAGACGUUCACCUGCCAGAGUCACCUCCAGCGGCACCAGCGCAUCCACGCGGGAGAGAAGCCGUAUCAGUGCUCGCACUGCGAGAAGAGUUUCAGCGAAAAAGGUUUCCUCAUCAAUCACCUGCGUGUUCACACUGGAGAGAAGCCGUAUCAGUGCGGCGAGUGCGGCGUGAGCUUCACACAGAGGAGCAACCUCCAGAAACACCAGCGCAUUCACACCGGGGACAAACCAUACCUCUGCCUGGUGUGUGGGAAGAGCUUCACGCAGAAGUCGACGCUCCAAAUACACCAGCGCAUUCACACCGGAGAGAAGCCGUAUUACUGCUCGCAGUGCGCAAAGAACUUCAGUACCCUGAGUAACCUCCGGAAACACCAGCGCGUUCACACCGGAGAGAAGACGUUCCGCUGCUCCGAGUGCGGCAAGAGCUUCAGGACGCACAAAAACUUCCAGCUUCAUAAACACGUGUAUGUGACGGAGAGCGACGACGUGCUGCAGCGCGCUACAGAAAGUGUGGGAGUUAACUAGCUCUAUUCAGAAUGAUGACUUUAAGACCAGCAAGAUAUUUAACCGCAUCAUUAAACCGCUCAGAAUUUUUAAUAUGUGUUUCUUGCUGUGUAUUGAAAGAACAAUGGGGAUUUUAUCCCUAUGAACUCUGGGAUAAUGUGGAAAGUAUUUAAUCCAAAUUAUUUCAUGUUCCUUGAAAACUGAGUUUUUAGAAAUAUUUUUAUAAUUGUAUUCUUGACUCUCAAUUCUCAGAUUCCUGUAAUCCCAGGUCAGCAUGGUCAGCAUUUUUUUUUUAUCAAAAAGCAUUUUUAUUCUUACAGUAGCUACUCUUUCAAUAAAAGAAAUUGUGCAUUUUGUUGAUUAAAAAACAUCAGAAUUUAAGGAAUGAUGGCCUCCAUCAUUCCAGUUAACCAUUAGGUGUACUUGCAUUGAAACUAAUAAUUAGAAUCAUGUGACCACCUCAAUCCAAACUCACCAUCCAGAUUGGAAUCAAUACUCAAUCACAAUGAUCGGUGACGUAAACCCUGAACAACACUCUUCAGUCACUGCCUGUACCCGUGGGGUACCUCUGGACAAUAAGCUGCACGCUGCCACGCUGCCUCCGAUCCUCUAGCACGGCUCAGCUUGUCUCACCAUCUACCAAUGCAUCCAGACUCUUUUCUGCUCUGGCACCUAUGUGGUGGAGUGAACUUCCUCUAGAUGUCCGUACAGUCCGUACGGAUAGCUAGAGUCUCUGGCAAUUGUUAAGCCAUGACUAAAGGCCUAUAUGUUUUUUAGGUGUCUGAGUUAACUCCCUUCACACAAUCCCUAACUAUUUGUCCUGAUCGCUGUCGCUGAUUUUGUCCAAGAGUGAUGGAGUGCUGCAUCAGAUGACCUGGCCUCCACCAUCACCCGAUCUAAGUCAAGUUGAGGAGGUUUGGAAUGAGUUGGACUGGAGAGUACAGGAAAAGCAGCCAAAAAGUUCUCAGCACCCCUGGAAACUCCUUCAAGAGUGUUGGAAAACCUUUUAUGGUGACGACCUCAUGAGGCUGACUGAAAGAACGCCAACAGUGUGCAAAGCUGGCAACAAAACAAAAGGUGGCGAAAAUGUAAAACAUAUUCUGGGUUAUUUAACACAGUUUAAUACUCUUUAGUAUUAAUGUACAAUGAUAAAAAACAGAAAAAUAAAAACUCUGAAUUAGACAUGAAUAGAAUUCACAUUUUUGACUGGUUCUGUGUGCGUAUUUCCAUCUGUGUGUAUGUAUUUGUCAUAUAUAUACGGUGCCAUGCAAAAGUAUUCAUACCCCUUGAACUUUUGCACAUUUCGUCACAACCACAAAUGUAAAUGUCUUGGUAGGUUUGCAGUCAUGCCGUACUCUUUUCAUUUUCAGAUGAUGGA